AUGUCCUCCGUCGAGCCCGGUUCUGGCUCUUCGCUUGGCUUGGUCCUCCUCGCCCACACCAACAGUUGCUUCGUCACAAUUCUUUUUCAUUGCGUCCAACUCUUCCACAUCAACCUACAUCUGAUCUCGCUGUGGUUCCGGACUUUUUUCAUUGCAGCUAAGCUCUUUCAUCUCUCCACCGUGCAGUCGUACAACAUCGUUUCGGCCUCCUCCACCAAGACCCUCGACGCGUGGCUGUCAACGCUCGACAUCAUUUUCUGGGCCAUUUCAUACACUGCUUUCCUCGUCUUCAUAAUACCUUGUGCCAUCAUCGUCGUUCUCCUGGAAAAAUGCGAGACCGCCUAUCUGCGUCUUCGUUCCUCCCCCUUCGAAGCCGCCGCCCGCGAGUUUCUGGGCCUGACGCCUCUCGACCGACCAUCUCUGGACCGGUCGGGCCCGUCCGUCAUAUCGGCGCGUCGGAUAUUGAGCGUGCCAAAGAAAUCACCAUCGUUCCGAGCAUCGACGAGGCCAAGCAAGCUAGCCCAUCCCACCUACAGUCGACGCAACCGCGCCCAGAGCUUCAUCAGGAAUCUCGCAGUGUCUCUGCUGUCGUCGAUCCAGGAGACGGUAACUCUGGCGCUUCCCGGGCAGGAAAUGAAGACAGAACCCACGUACAGGACGACUCGGAUCUCACACAAUGCUCAGAAGCCGGUCCAACCCACCCUAGGCGACCAGUCGUACAGAGUGGCCCAAGCAACAAACUUCAUUUCGGCCGUCAAAGACGCGCUGCUGUCAAAGAUCGUCGAGCGCUGGGGGAGAUUGCCCACCCCAACACCGGCCUCACACGCUUUCCAUCUCCAGACGGAUCCCUUCCUGGCCAGGAAGACGCGAACAGAAACCAAGAAAGCCAGACUAUUCCACAAUCUGUCUCUGGACUCCCGUCAUCGACCCACGGAGUACGACGCCUUUCUGCUAGCUUCUCCGGAAGAGGUCCCCUCUCCAGUAACCCCACAGUCGCCAGCUCCAGUAUCACCGCUAUCACUGGGACGGCGGCGCUUCCACCUGGAAAGCACCAGAGAAUAUAUACAUCCAGUCACGGGGAAGACAUGGGAGGCGCUACUCUACGCUCCUCCGGGAGCAGCCCAAUCUUGGAAAGCUCUAAUCAGGAGGCCCGGUACCUUCAGCAACAGCCCCCAACCCAACCUCGACCCCCUAGUCAAGGAGUCAUCACUGACCAGCUUCACCGGGAGCGAGCGCAAGGUUUCUCAGCAGACGGUGCCGUCUCGCAAAACCAGUACUUCAUCAACCUUUGGGUCUAAUGGCCCGACCAGAACCGUGACGCCGACGCCGACGACUCUCGACGACAAUCCUGUCAUCAUCACCACCGCCCAGCCAUCGACGUACUGGGCGGGUCGUUUCCUAUCCUUACAAGAUCGCUUUCAAAGCGAAUCCCUGCAGGAAACAACCCUGUCGACUUUGGUCACCGCUCACGCAAUCAAAGCCACUCUGCUAUCUCAACAGCGAGAAGCCUACAAGGGCCGCGGUAACCUGCCCUUGAGCACUACCACCGCGCUCGACCGUUAUGGCACCGCUGCCAUUCCAGAAGCCAACCUUCUCUCGGACGAAGACAACCGUUGCCUGCGCAUAUUCUUACACCUCGACGCUCUUUGUGCUCAAAAGAGUCUACAUGCCUGGCAAGAGGCGUACGCGCGCAAGAAUAAACGCGAUGCUCUCUUGCCGAAAAGCACAGGCGCGGAAAGGGGAUUCGUGACACGUCUCUUUAGUGGAAGCAGCAGACAGGGUACGGGUGGCUCUCGAUCAGGCAAGGAGACAACAAAGGGCAAACAGCUUUUGGGGGCUUUUUGA